AUGCCCUCAGAUAUUCUGGAGGUGGCUGCUUUGGGCCGACCUUUCAACUUAGGGAUGCUCUACGAUGCCAGAAGAGACAAAAUCAUCCCAGGUGUCACACUGUGGGAGGCUAAAACUCUGCAGAAGAAGUCAGUGGAGAAUAAUCAGCAAAGCACCGAAUUUCAAAUCAGUGCAUCUGAUUCCACUGACAAAAAGUCCUCUCUGCUGGAUGUCAAUGCUUCCCUGAAGGCCAGUUUCCUGAGUGGACUGACUGAAGUUGGAGGAUCAGCCAAAUAUCUGAAUGAUAAGAAGAAAUCUCACCAUCAGAGCCGAGUCACUCUUCAGUACAAAGCUACCACCAAGUUCAAACAGCUGAUGUUGACUCCUGAUGAAACCAAGAACACUAAACAAGCAGAAGAUGUGAAGAGUUUGGCGACACAUGUAGUCACAGGAAUCCUUUAUGGAGCAAAUGCUUUCUUUGUGUUUGACAGUGAGAAGUUAGAUGAUAGCAGCAUUCAGGACAUCCAGGGCAGCAUGCAAGCUGUGAUAAAGAAGAUUCCCUCAUUUAAUGUUGAUGGGAAAGUUGACAUCAAGCUAAGUGAUGAAGAAAAAGCUGUGACUGAUAAAUUCACCUGCAAAUUCUAUGGAGACUUCAUUCUUGAAAGCAACCCUGCAACAUUUGAAGAUGCAGUGAAGACCUACAUCCAACUUCCAAAACUACUGGGAGAACACAAAGAUAAUGGUGUUCCACUGAAGGUCACACUGAUGUCACUGAAGAAAUUACAUCCAGAAGCUGCUGAGAUGAUGACAGAGAUCAGUGCUGGACUUUCUAGAAAGGCUCAAAAUACUCUGAAGGAGCUCCAUAAUCUGGAAAUCAGAUGCAACGAUCUGCUGCAGGACAGAGUGGUGAAAAGCUUUCCACAGAUACAAGAAAAGUUGAGCAGAUUCCAGGAGCUCUGCAUGGAUUUUAGACCUUCACUCCAGCAGAAAAUGGCCAAAAAACUUCCCUCCAUCAGGGCAGGUGAGGAAGAUGAGCAGGAAUUAGUGAAAGUCUUUAAUGACAGAUACAAGUCACCGUUCAGUCAGGAGAAAUUAACCAAGUGGAUCAAAGAUGAAGAGAGAGAAAUCACCAUCAUCAGGUACUUUGUAGACAUGAUGGAGGGAACAAAGAUCAUCUCAGAUCAGUUUGAGCUGGACCGAGAGGUGUUUAAUCCAAGAGUAGAGGAAGUUCUCUGCUUUGUUUUCACCUCCCUGAAAUCCACUGACCCAUAUCUGCAGAACAUGUCUGACUACUUGGAUAAACCUAAAUCUCAUGUUACUGAGGAUAUCGGUCCAUCUGCCCAAGACCAAUGGUACUUCUCAGAUGAAGUGAUAGUGGAAAUGAAAAAAAAGGCAAAUGCUGUGAAGAACAACAUAAUAUUUAUAACAGCCAUUCCAAAUGCCAAAUACCAAGGAGGAAGUAUCUACCACUACAAGGAUACCGUCCUGGUCACUGAUGAUUACUCAGGGCCUGAUGUCAUUGAUGUGGAAAAUGUAACAAACAGAGGAGCUCUGAUAAGGUAUGCCUGUGAUCUCACCCUGGAUCCAAACACAGCAAACUACAAACUUCUGUCUGAAGGAAACCAGAAGGUGACACAUGUAGAGGAGCAAAUGUAUCCUGACCAUCCUGAGAGGUUUGAUGCUUUGCCUCAGGUUCUGUGCAGAGAGGCUCUGACUGGGCGCUGUUACUGGGAGGUGGAGUUGAGCAUAACCAAGGGUACAGAUGCUGCUGCAGCUGUUUGCUACAAAACAGUUGAGAGGAAAGGGGAGGGUAGAUUGUGUGGGUUAGGGUGGAGUAACAUCACCUGGUCUUUGGGCCACAGGUUGGAACCAAACCUAACUUUUUAUUCAGAUCAUGUUGGGGUGACCAAUAAAUACCCUGUUCCUCCUGCUGGCUGCCCCCGUCUGGGGGUGUUUCUGGAUUGGCCUGCAGGCACUCUGUCCUACUAUACAGUCUCAUGUAAUAACUUAAGUCACAUUCACACCUUCAGAACCAAAUUCUCUGAGCCCGUUUUUCCUGCCUUCAAGCUUUGGACUAAAAACAGUUACAUGUUCCUCUGUCUGUAAAUUUGGUCCCACAUGAUUCAGUUUGAAUCCAGUUCAGCUUUUUACAUCAGUGCUGUGUUACUGAUGUGUGGAGCUCCAUUGUGUUAGUUACAUUUAAUUAUUUAAUAUACGACAACCAUCCGAUGUGCACGACAUUUAAAACAUUUUUACUAAACAGAGGAACUGAUGCACCCGUCAAAUUUAAUCAGAUUAUUUUUGCUACGUAUUAUUUUUGGAGUUAUUGUAUUCAUAUAAAUGUGUCCUUACAGUAACAGAUAGAAAUGUGUUUUUUCAUCCACCUGCAUGUUUGCACGUCUGCAGCAGUAAUGAUGACAUGAUACAGAGCAAAGAUUUUGAGCCUCGGUUGGUUUGUAGUAACUUUUCUGUCUUUUUGCCAUUUAUUCCUUCAUUGAUCCUGCAGCUUCAUCCUGAUCAAAGCCUUUAAUUUGUUCAGGAUUUCUUAAUCCAACCUUUGUUUCUUUCUGAUGGUUUGAUGAGAUUUGACUUUUUCUGUUAUUUUUGCUAUUUUCUUCCAGCUGAUGUGAGAUUUGAAUCCAGGUGGAUGUAAAAAUCACUUGCCUGAUGUUUUCAUUCUGACUUUGUUAUUAAAUUUGAUCAGCUGAUUGAUUAGAAAGCACUGAUUUUAUUGUCACAGUUGAAGCAUUUUUAUGUGCUCUGAUUGUUGCAGCUGAUUCUGGUCUUUCAUUUUAAGAUGCUCUUUAUUGAUAAUCUGAUUGAUAUUCAGAGUUUUGACUUGAUUGAUCUGAUAAUGAGUUUUUGAACUUAUGAAUGUGGAGUAAUGUUU